AUGAAACAAACCAUGGAGACAGUAACUUCUGCUACAGACACUCAGAGUUCAACGUCAAACCUGCUCUUCUGCCGAGCAUGCCAAUCCGUGUACCAACAGCCCAAGUUAUUGCCGUGCCUACACAGUUUCUGCAGGCCUUGCCUUGUCCACGCUGUGACGAAUGGGUCGGAUGGAUCAUUCAUCGUCUGUCCACUGUGCUCGCACAAAAGCCAACUUCCUGCCAUUGGUGUGGUUGGGGUCCCGGAUAAUUUGUUUCUCAACCGGAUGUGCCAGUUCAGAACUCCAGAAUUUAGCCAGCCAGUUGAAGAUGAAGAUACAGUUGCUGAGCAAAGUCCGGCAUCUGGUCAGCCAUUUGAUAGGGGUUUACCAGCUGGCCGGUCAACAGUGAAUGCUUUAGAAGCCAUUCGUAACAUGAACAAGCUGCAGACUAAAAGAAGGACCACGCAGUUUCAGUUUUAUCUUAAACGCAUGGAGCAUCAGCUGAUAUCGCAGAUUGACAGCAAACAGACUGAUGAUCUUUUCUAUACAGAAACUGAUAAGGCUAAGGCAGAACUAAAGAAAAUUCUCAACAACAUCUUGCAUGAGGUGAAUGUGCUCAAGAACAUCCAGGAGCUUGGCAAAGAUGCUGAAAUCAAUUCUUUGAGCCCCAUUCUCCUGGGAAGUUCUGUUGGCAUGGCAGAGGUAGCUCUCAAAAAGCUGCACUUUGAUCUAGAGGUUCCAAAUACAACCAUUGAGGAAAUAGUUGGUGAUAAUUUUGGAGUUAUCCGAUUUAACUCAGAAGAGAGUAAAGUUUUUGUUCCAGAAGUUUCUGACUUGGGUGAUUUUUCUGUAGGAAAUGUGACACAGCUUCUAGCAGGCACAGUAAAUGUAGCUGGUAAUGUUGAAAGCAAAGGUAAUUUUGUAAAGGAAAAUGAAGAACCAGAGAAUGUUCCUACAGGCAAGACUCCAGCGCGGAGAUCAGCUGACAGAAGAUCUAGAAGACACAACACUGAUCUUGGGUUAGACAAGCCCGAUGUCAAAGAAUUCUUGGCUCAGUUCCAAAAUGCUAGAGAAAAUUUGAGAGCUAGAAGGAAGGAAAUUCUGGAACGUGGCAGACAGGCUAGUGAAGAUGCCUUGCCUCUCGGGGAUGAAAUUUAUAGGCGGCCCAGGUCUACAUCAAGAACAGGUAGAGUUCAGUCUGUAGACAGAGCUGGUUUGCCUGUGUCUUCAAAGAGAAGAGCAACAUUACCUAGCGGUUUAACAUUGCAGGAAGUGAAGUCCCUGAACACAGCUGAACCUGAAACAUUGUCUCCAACCCUUCAGGAAGAGGUUUCCCCCAACGGGUAUGACCCCACUGAAAAGAUUCAGCAUGGACUUGAGGGUGACCUUUCCAUCGGUGGACUGGGACAAGAAGAUCAGUUUUCUCUCCGCAAAAAGCUUCAAAUUUCGACUUAUCAUCAAAGAACCCUUGUCAAACAAAGUUCAGACCCACGCUACACAAGAGAAUCCCCAACAUCUCCAGAGGAGGUUCCUAGUUCUGAAAGGCUGUACUCAGGCCAUUCACAAUUCUCCAACCCUAGCAAUACUAUUUUUGAGCGACGGUUUUCUGACCAGUUAAACCCCCUGCCCCUAGAAGAGACUGAUGACUCGCUUCAGUAUGACAGAGCUACAACAAGGCCGGUGAGACGCGCUUUUAGCGGUGCAGCAGACAGAAAAGCCAAAAUAGAUUUCCUCAGAGAAAACUGGCAAAAACGAAAAGAGAUCCUCAUUCAGAGUGAAGGAUUUGUAAGUCCUGACACAACUAAACAAGUGGUCAAGCCUCCAUCACAAGUGCAUCUAGCUGAAGAAAAAGAUGACUCUAAAGUCACAAUGCCAGAAACUGUAGAGGCAACAGGACAAGACAAUCCAUCACCGCCACCAGUAUCCUCUUCUGAUCCCAAGUUUGAAAGCAUGCAUGCUAUCAGGAGUCGGGUAGCACAGUAUAGAACUGAACUCACAAAGAAUAAUAUCACAGAUGAACAGGAAGUUAAAGCAAAGACACCAGAUUCUCCAAGCUCACCAAUUUCUGAACAUUUCAGAUUUGAUCUUCCAAGACAGAAAUACAUAAGUCAGACUCAGUUAUCCCCAGUACUGAAAUCUCCAGAAGCAAUAUCUCCUGCCAGUCAAACAGUGCCAUCAACCAAUGAAAGAGUUUCUCCUCCCAUUCAGCCAGUUUCCCAUAGCCUGACCAAUCAAACAGCAUUAGGUAUCCCUGCCCAGCAGUUAAAAUCUCAGAUCUCUACCACUCAAACAGCCUCUGAAAUCCCAACUGAUCUGAGAAACUCUCAUCUCUACACCAGUCAGACAGCAUCUGAAAGAUCCACCAAUGAGACACCAUCAGUGACCACAUAUAAAACAUCGAUCUCCACCAAUGAUGUAAAUUCUCAGAUCCCUAUCAAUCACCAUGUUCCUAAUGUAACAACAGCUUCUGCAAACAUUCAAGAAAAGCCAUCAGUUUCAACACUUCCUUUCCAAACAAGAUUAAUAACAGCAACAACUGCAACACCAGUGACAAGAGUCACACCAGUAACAUCAGCAACACUGAAAACAGAAACAUCAGUAAUAACAGAAACACCAGUAACAACAGAAACACCAGUAAUGACAGAAAUAACAGUAACAACAGAAACAAUACUAGUAACAACAACAACACCUACCUAUAGUAGGUACUCCAAAUACCAGUUCAAAAAGGUGGAAUCCCUUGACAUAGCCUCGAUGAUUGCAGCCAUGUAUAGUGGCAAUGAGAAAAAGAUCAUCCACAUUGAUGAACAACCCCCAAAGACAACCUCGUACACGCAGUCUACAAUAACAGACACUGCUAGCAUCGCUACAGGGAAUACAUUACCCACAGAAAGUAGCAGAGCUGUGGAACCCACCAGUCCCACAGCCACAAGGUUAACAUCUGCACCAUCCAGAUAUGCCUCCAGAUACCAGACUGAAAGUAAAAGUCAACUACACCUGGAUGACCAACCUUCAAAGACAACCUACAGCACACACUAUACAACGACACAUGCUGCUAGCACCACAGCAGGAAAUACAUCACUUCCAGAAAGUAGCAGAGCUGCAGAACCCAUCACCUCCACAUACAGAUAUGCCUCCAGAUACCAGACUGAAAGUAAAAGUCCCCCAACCACAGAGCAGAAUGAAAAUCAAAACCAACAAAAUGUGUUCAACAAAUGUGAACAAACAAAUAGACCAGAACCAGAGAAUCUGGUGAGACAGUAUCGGUACACUGGGAUGUACUCAAGGUACAACAACCAAGCUACAAGUAGUAUCACCACCCCUGCUGUCACCACAACUGCUACUGCCAUUUCUGGUGCCACAAGUACGUACACACCUGUAGAGAGUCUUAACACUAGGCCAAGAGUAACAAGCACCUCUGCACCCACAGAAAGCACAAGGUCCAGUAUACAAAGCACCUUAAGACAUGCUGAAAGUAUUCACACAAGAUCAUCAGUAGAACUUCCUGCAAAUGAAUCGCCUUCUAUCUCUUACGGAAGCCAGCGAGUAGUUCUGAAAGAUGCAACUUCACCCAUGCAAACCUCACCAAUGAAUGUCAUUGAAAAGAGUAAGGAAUCCAUGCAGCAAGUGCCAGCCAGACCUAACCGCUAUGGAUUAUACUCAAGAUACAGCGCACUUAGCAACAGCUCAGAUACCACUGCCUCAACCAGUAUUGUUACAGACAUUCCAAAAGCUGCAGAAAACUCUAGCUCAAAUUCUUCACCUUCAAUGGGAGAGGUAAAUAUUACCACAACUGUGAACCAAACCAAACAUUUGACAGAGUCGGUACCAGCACCUGAACAAGUCACGUCUGCCAAAUUGGCUCAACAAAAUGAAGAGCCUACGAAAGAAAGUCAACUAAAGCCAUCUCGGAGCAGGAUGCGCUCAAGGUUCACAGAUGGCGUUAACAGACGACAUACAAUUGAGAUAGGAAAAGAGGCUAUUCAAAGUGCACUUAAACUGUAUUCUAAAGAUGAAGCAGAACCUGUUCGUCAAACUGCACUUGAUCCUAUAUCAGAAUCUCCAGUAACAACCCACACACCAGUAUACAUACCUUACCAUAGCAGACUCACAGAUUCGUCAUCAAAAGUAGGGGGAUCAACUAACGGAACCAUACCUGCCCUCGUAUCAUCUGCUGAACCUCUAGAAGCCAGUGAAAUCAAAGAUACGAUUAUUUCAUACAAGAUCAAAGCCAGUGGGGUCACCACCAAGAUAAUACCAACCUCUCUGGAAGUGAUCCAGGAAAAAUCCCAUUUUGAUCAAAGCCAGACUCCAAAAGCGGCUUCAGACAUUUCUCCGGCUCCUGCUACUCCACCAUCCCCAACUCUUUUGUCUCUGAGUCCGGAUGAGGUUGCUCAGAAAAUCAAGUUACGAGAGAUCGCUCGCAAGAAGAAGGAAAGAUGGCGACACAUGACCAUACAUUGA